AUGCUUGGAGAUAGUUGUAGAGCGAGUGCUCCUGGGAGGCAGUUUCUUUCUGGGCUUGCUGGUAUUGAUAGAAGCAGCAAUUCGAGGGGGGGAGUCAUUUGGAGGAAUGGCAGGCAUCAAUGUUGUUGUCGUGGUCUCAUCUUGAGGUGUGGAGGGCUCAGGGAUAGGCGGACUGCAGGCAUCAAUGCUGUGAUUGUAGACUGGGCAGUUGCAGAGGUGGAGCCACAAUACUCUGGUGCAAGGAUUGAGGGAGAUGUUGUAACUUUGGAUUUUGUGAAGAAAAUGAUGGAUGACUUCAAGAAUCAGAAGUGCUUACAUAAAAGAUAUGCAUAUCAGAUUGUAUUGCAAACAAGGGAAAUGCUUCACGCUCUGCCUUCCCUAGUUGAUAUUACUGUCUCAGAUGGUCACCAUUUCACUGUUUGUGGUGAUGUGCAUGGGCAGUUUUUUGAUCUGUUGAAUAUAUUUGAACUCAAUGGGCUUCCCUCUGAAGACAAUCCUUAUCUCUUCAAUGGCGACUUUGUGGAUCGAGGGUCAUUUUCUCUUGAGGUUAUUCUGACACUAUUUGCAUUUAAAUGCAUGUCUCCAGCAGCUCUUCAUUUAGCUAGAGGAAAUCAUGAGAGUAAGAGCAUGAACAGGAUAUAUGGUUUUGAAGGCGAGGUCAAGUCGAAGUUGAGUGAUACAUUUGUUGAACUCUUCGCUGAAGUAUUCUGUUGUUUACCUCUAGCGCAUGUGAUAAAUGAAAAAAUAUUUGUAGUUCAUGGAGGCCUUUUCAGUGUUGAUGGAGUGAAACUGUCUGACAUUAAAGCGAUUGACCGGUUCUGUGAGCCUCCAGAGGAAGGGUUGAUGUGUGAGCUGCUGUGGAGUGAUCCCCAGCCUUAUCCAGGCAGAGGCCCCAGCAAGAGGGGUGUGGGUCUAUCUUUUGGUGGUGACGUGACAAAGAGAUUUCUGCAGGAGAACAAUCUUGAUCUAGUUGUCCGAUCUCAUGAAGUAAAGGAUGAAGGAUAUGAGAUUGAGCACGAUGGUAAACUUAUUACAGUUUUUUCUGCACCAAACUAUUGUGAUCAGAUGGGUAACAAGGGUGCCUUCAUAAGGUUUGAGGCCCCAGACAUGAAGCCAAACAUUGUUACAUUUUCAGCCGUGCCACAUCCGGAUGUCAAGCCAAUGGCAUAUGCCAACAAUUUCAUGCGAAUGUUCUCUUGAUCCUUGGCCCAAUGCGAAUGCCUCUUGUAAGUUUUUGUUAUAAAGUUUAUGUUAUUUGGUUCAACGGUGGACAACAUAGAAAACUAUGUCGUUGCAGAAAGUUGCUGAUGCAGUUUUGGGUCUUGAUACUAUUUAAAUUCAUUUUUCACUCAACUUUCUAUGCGCGCACCUCUGCGAAUUGUGAUUAUUUUGAUGAGUUGGGCCUAACAUGUUUUAAGCCAUUACACUAAUACUAAUCAUGGGUACGAUGUAAAUUUAAGAAAUUCUUUUGUUCCCUAUGCUUUUUAGUAUGUUUAUUACUGAAAUUCUCA